AUGUCUUCUACCCAAAAUAUUGCUUCUCCUGACAAGGAUCGCAAACCUUCAUUAAGAACUCGAGUUUCAAAACAACCUGAUGUUAAAGAACCAUCCAAUUCGGCUCAAAGAUCCCUUCGGCCGCUUCUUAAACAACCCAUGGCUACUACCGGAACAGGUGCCGCGUCUCUAAUUAAUACUACGGCCACAACAUCAGCAACUGCUAACACAGUCGGAAAGUAUCGAUCAAUUUAUCCAAAGCUGGAUACGGAACCGAUCCCAAGUGAAUCUUUGGAACGCAUAGCGAUAUUUCCCACCCGUCCCUUUUCUUCUUUCUCACUCAAAAAGAAGACAAAACUUUGCAAAAAGGCCCCACGACUUUCAAAAGAGCUCCCACCUUCAGUACUAGAGAGACAAGCGAUCUCUAGAUCAUCUUCUUCCAUUGCAAAUCCUACAAAAAAGUCCGUAAAGGCUCACGAUAAGCAGGCAGCUGCUACUUUAGCCACACCAUCUAUCUCUCCUCUUACUCAUAAUACAAGUCAUACUAUCGAUUCUGUGGACGAGGAUAAAAAGCCAGCUACAAAAACAACAAUGGCAUUAAAACAAUCUAAAGGUCCAUCCUGGGUCCCAUCUCAGAACAGCAACAAGCGUAGUCGCGAGAAGUUCGAGGAACCCGAGGAAAAGAAUUACAUGAUUAGUUGUGGUCUCGGCGGUCAACUAGACGAUUACGCAACAUUCUACUUCCCAGAAACCGUUUUUAGAGCCAUACUCGAGCUCGUACCUCUCUUUCGAAAAUUUCGCAAGCCUUACUCCAAAUACGUCUAUAUCCGCGGAUACAUGGCUUCAUCUUCCAGAGUUAUCAUUCAAUGUCUUACUCAGGGUACAAUCAUGCCGCUUGAAUUACAUAAACCAGGACGAGCUGAAGGUCUUUCCAAUUACCAUUUCGUACGUACGUAUAUUAUGGCGAGUGAUUUUAACCUCCCUCUAUUGUGCGAUAAGCUUAUGGAUUCGGCUACGAAAGAGUUUUGGGGCAGUAGUGAAGAAGCGGUUAUCUUACCGGAUAUUCGGGACUUGCAUACUGUUUACUCGCAAACGGAGCAAGGUAAUCCUUUGAGAAAGCUUUAUAUUGCAGUCUUUUACUGGCUCUUGACCUCUGAUGAAUGCAACCAAGACACAGGCAUCCCUAAAGUUUCCAGCACCGAGCUUUGGAAUCUCCUCUCUCGCUCUGAAGAUGCUGGUGUAGACUAUAUCGACUACUGCAGAAGCCAAAUCGCAGUUCGUGGAACUCGUCAGCAUCCUCUUGAUCCACGAAAAUGGAAUUUAUGCGAAUUGCAUCAGCAUUUUUCAUAUGAGGAUUGUCCUAAUUGGAUUAAGAGUCCUAAUGCGGUCUAG